AUGCCGAUCACGAUUGAGAAGACCCUAGCUGCAUCCCCGGUGACAAUCCGAGGGCAACCAACACAGCUAUCUACUGACCCUGCCGGCACGAAAAUCGCUUAUGCCUCUGGCAAAUCGAUAUUCUUGCGCUCCAUCGACGAUCCAUCAGACUGUAUACAGUACACCGAACAUACCACGCAAACAACAGUUGCACGGAUUGCGCCGCUACCAAACAUCAUACCAGAAUACAGGAUUGCAAGUGGAGAUGUGAGCGGGUUGUGCCAUGUAUGGGCUUCAACCAAGGAUGGGAUCAAGAAAAAGGACGAAUGGCCAGCAUUUUCGGGUCGCAUAAACGACAUCGCAUUUGCCAGUGAUGGAGAUCGCGUGAUAGCUGUUGGUGACGGUCGUGAGAAGUUCGGACACGCCUUCAACAUCACCGGCGGAAAAGUCGGAGAAAUCACUGGCCAUUCCAAGGUCAUCAAUGCUGUCGCCGUACGGCCGACAGAAAGGACAGUCCGCGCCAUAUCAGCUGUGACAGUGAGCGAUGACAUGUCCGUGUGUUUCCUCGGAAAUGUACCGAGUCCCCUACACUUUCAAUCGAAGACCGAUGGCCUCCAUAAGGGCUUUGUGCUUGGCGCCGCCAUCUCGCCAGAUGGCAGUAAAUUGAUCACCGUGGGAGCCGAUAAGCGUAUUCAGCUAUAUUUGUACAACGAUCAGAAGACUCCAAAGGGUUUUGAUCACGACAGAACAAUUGGCGAGGGCGAGCACAAGGGGAGUAUAUUCGCUGUCAGUUGGUCGAGUGACUCGAAGAGAUUCGUUACGGCCAGCGCAGACCAAACAGUCAAGAUCUGGGACGUGGAUUCAGGCUCUAUCUUGAAAACCUGGAGACUGGGUGGGGAGGGUGUCAGUGUUGACGAUCAACAAGUUGGCGUUGUCUGGCCUCAGGGACGAAGUGACGGUUUGAUUAUCAGUUUGAGUCUCAGCGGAGAUCUCAACUACCUGAAAGAAGACAGCGACAAGCCAGUUAAGAUCGUUCAAGGGCAUAACAAGACCAUCACAGCUUUGGGUGGCAACGGCCGGACACUACUAACAGGAAGCUUUGACGGCAGAGUUUGUACCUGGGAUGUAGCUUCAGGGGUAGGUACAUUGGUCGAUGGCCAGUGCCAUACGAACCAAGUCACAUCUUUCGCGUCGGCUUCAGGACAGGCAUACAGUGUUGGCUGGGACGACACGCUACGCACAAUCGACAUCGCUAGCAAUACAUUCGCGGGCGAAGCUCCGAAGCUUAAAGCACAGCCUAAAGGCGUCGCAUCUGCAGAUGGCCGUGUCUACGUUGCUACAAUAACCGGCGUCGAAGUCUACGCCAAGGGUCAAUUUGUGAGCAAGCUCGACAUCUCGGAUUCGCAAGCAACAGCCAUUGCAGCGCACGGCUCAUUCGUCGCCGUCGGCACAAGCAGCAACGCCGUCCGGCUAUACAAGGUUGAUGGAAGCAACAAGCUCACUCUAGCAAGCGAGGCGAAGAACUCGGUCGCGCAGAUCUCCGCUCUAGCAUUCUCCAAGGACGGGUCCCUGCUCGCCGCGGGAAGCCAGAACGGCAAGAUAUACGCUUACAAGACGGCGGGUCUGGAGAUCGCCACGGACAGGUGGUCCGCGCAUACAGGCCGUGUCACGAGCAUUGCGUGGAACGACGCGGGCACGCAGGCCGUCAGCGGCGCCCUCGAUACGCAUCUGUACGUCUGGAGUCUUGCGAAGCCGGGGGCGAGAGUCAAUGUGUUGAAUGCGCACAAGGACGGCGUCAAUGGCGUUGCCUGGGUUGGUGAGAACAAGAUUGCGAGCACGGGCGGCGAUGCCGUGGUCAAGAUAUGGAAUGUUGCUGGCGUACAAUAG